CGCUACUUUCUCACACCACCUAACCACAACUUGUCGUUAAUGAUUAAAAUAAAUGAAUACCAUUAUUAAAAUCGAGUGCCAUAAAACCCCAUUUCAAUUUUUCAGCUCUUCUGAAUCUUUAUAAGACUCAAAACGCCACCCUCUCCUCUACUGAGAAAAACAGAGGGAAAAAACGUUGGAGUCGCCAUGUCUGAAAUAGUCAACGAGGCUUGGAGAAAAUAUCUCAUACAGCUUCAGUCCCACCCUCUCAGAACUAAGGCAAUUACAUCUGGAGUUUUAGCUGGGUGUAGUGAUGCAAUAGCCCAGAAGAUUUCUGGGAUCAAAAAGCUUCAAUUGAGAAGACUGCUUCUGAUAAUGCUCUAUGGGUUCGGAUAUGGGGGACCAUUUGGGCACUUCCUCCACAAAUUGAUGGAUAUAAUAUUCAAGGGAAAGAAGGACAACAAAACUAUUGCAAAGAAGGUUUUGCUGGAACAAUUAACUUCUUCCCCUUGGAACAACAUGCUUUUCAUGAUGUACUAUGGCUUGGUGGUUGAAGGAAGACCAUGGAAUUUAGUCAAGAGUAAAGUUCGAAAGGACUACCCUUCUAUUCAAUUGACAGCAUGGAAGUUUUGGCCUAUUGUUGGUUGGGUGAAUUACCAGUAUAUGCCCCUGCAAUUCCGGGUCUUGUUUCACAGCUUCGUUGCCUCGUGCUGGGCAAUCUUUCUCAAUCUGAAGGCUAGAUCGGGUGUAAUCAAGCAGGCCUAGAACACCUAAUUUUGUUCUUCCCUUUUUCUAUGUUUUAUUGGAGCUCUUACACAUAUUUUGUGAAAAUGGUUUCCUGAUUAGUAUCCUUUGUAUAAGUUUCUAGCUGAAUUAGUACUAUGAAGCGGUCGAUUUUCUUUCUUACUGCCAGUUCUAUCAUACGGUUGAAUUAUUGUAGGAUAUACUUAAAUCUAGUUCAAUUUGCAGAAGAUCAACAGUGUUUCAGUUGA